GUUUUUCAGCAACGCUUCCAGUAAUGGUGUGAGUCAGAAAAUGGCUUGCAAACCAACUUUCUUUGAAAUAUUUAAGGCACAUUGCAGUGAUUCAGACUUAGGGCCUAUCAGUCUCAACUGGUUUGAAGAACUCAGUGCAGAAGCACCCUCAUAUGAGCCUAAAUUGUUAGGAGAACCUGAUGUUCCCUUUGGCUGGCCUGAUCAAACAUCUUAUAAAACUCCAAAGGCAAAACCUUCCACAUGCAGUCAGCUGGCAUCAACUCCACUGAUUUUUAAAGAAGAAAAUACAGUAUUGCCACCUUACUGUUCUCCUGGAAAAGAACUGGAUCAGAAAAAAAUAGAAGCAAGCAGAGAAAAUUUGAUAAGCCCAAGUAUCCCGAGAAGAAUAGAUCAAGAAAAUGAAAUACCUGCUUCUCCUUCUGGUACCUACCGCAACUGCCUUGCUGCUAGUCCAACAAUUUUAAGGAAUACCUACAGAACACCCCAGAGAAGUAAUAUGCCUGGACCAUAUGGAAGCUUGUUUUGCACACCAAAAUUUUUGGAGGUCAGAACUCCAAAACGUAUUUCUGAAAGUCUGGGAGCAGAAGUGGAUCCAGAUAUGUCCUGGUCAAGUUCUUUAGCCACACCUCCCACACUUGGUGCAACAGUGUUAAUAGCUAGAGAGAAUGAUUCUAUUUCUGGAGCAAAGAAUCAGGAUGAAAGAGCUGAGAGAAUUUUGCGCAGCUUUUUUUCCAAAAGUGAUAAAUGUCCUGGGACGAGUGAUGCAAGUACGCUGUUUGUACCAGAGACGGCAAAGCUGAAUUCUGAAGAUGACAUCAGAGAUUUUGAGUCAGAGAUGUUAGACGGCUUAUUUGGUGAGAUGAAUAGCUUUGAGGAUACAUGCAGCAUGCCUGCCAAGUCCACUGGGGCUCAUCUGCUGAUGCCACAUGUUCUGGAUGCAGUAGAAGAAUGUGAAAUAGACAGAGAUAAAGCACAAGGAAAGGAGGAUGUUUCUUCCGAGCAGCCCAUUGGAAGGAAGACUGGCAUUUCACAGGAAGUGAAAACAACAAGCUGGACUGGAAAGAGCCCCUCUAUUGAAAUGAAGGUUUCUUUACAACAAAACACAGAUGAAGACACGGGGAAUGGUAAAGGUGGCUGUUUAAUAGGACCUGAAAAGGAAUUGGAGUCACCUAGGAUGGCAGGAGAUGUGCAGGAUUGUAGAACACACGAGUCAUCUGUGAAUGAGAAGCCUUUGAAAGAAGACGUGCUGUCUUCGUCAAGCCAGUGGUCUCAACUGAACUUAUCUGAUCUUGAUGUAACUCACUGGGAAACAUCUAUAUGUAGCUCUCCACCCUCUGACUUGCGUAGAGAGAAAAAUUUGGAAGAUAAGUCAGUAUUAAUGACCAAGGAUGAUGCUGUAGAAACGUCUUUACUGAAUACCUCGGGCUCAAUAAAAGCACAGAAGCUCUUGAGUGUCAAUUUGUCAGAAAAGCGCUGUGAAGUGAAAAAUUCUGAAAACAACCCAACAUCAGAAGUAACUCCUGUAAAAUCUGUGUCUCUGAGUGUUCAAGAUCCAAAGUUAGUAAAAGGAUGUGCGGCUGAGAAGGUUUCUAAAAUGAGCUUCUUAAACAGUAAUUCUUUUUUAAUUGAAAGCACAAAUGUCACAGAGUACUCUCUGGUCUACAAUGGCAGCUUUUCCAAGCAUUUAAAAGCAACUUCUAAAUCUGUUGUAACGGAUGUUCUGUCUCACCCACUUGUAUGUGGUGCUACAUCUCCAGAUAAUUGCAGUGACCUACAUUUAACAAAUAGUGAAAAUACCCUUACAAAGUCUGACUUUAAGAGCCUGAAUGUGUUAUCCAGCUUGAGAAAGAGAUCCAAGAGAUUUAUUUAUGCAAUAAAUAAUACUUUACUGUACCAAGAAGAAAAAAUACAGAAGGAAGUAACCUCUGAAUCACCAAUUCAUCCUGUAUUACCGCAUUCAGAAUCCAACUCUUGUGAAUUUAAAGACUCUCAUGUGGCCAGUGUUGACAAUCAAGGCUGCUUGCUUCUUGCUGAGAGAAAGCAUUUGCAAUCAGAUAUCAAGGAAAAUAGUCUCAGCACUUGUACUUUAAAAAUGGAUAUAAUGGAUAACUCAUCUGAUAGGCUGGAGCAACAAGACCUGAGAGUAUUGGGGGCAAAUGUAAGAGAGCAUCAACCCACCACAUCAUUGAAAUGCUUAGAGGUAUCUAAUACACAGAAAGAAGCCACUGCAGAGUCUUUAAGGGGUGAAAUAAUUUCAAAUAUAAAACGUAAAGUUCUAACUUCAGCACACCUAAUGGCAAGAAAGCAUUCUAGAUUGCUCCCUAAAUGCUGUUGCUUAGAGAAAGGCACGGAAGACAAGUGUAUGAGUGCUAACGUGAACAACGAAGCUCAGAGCCUUAAAGAACAGUUUACAUGGUCUUCUCCUAAGGAUAACGAGCGCUUGAUUGAUGUGCACCAUGACACUAUGUUUGUGACAAACGACAGUCAGAUAGACUUUGGCAUAAAUACAGUCAGUUAUUGCUGCAAUAAAAUAUCAACUGAUGAAAGACAUGCUCCAGAUCAGCAGUCAGUAGUUGGCUCUAGAGGAGUACUUGGACCUUUGGGAAUAAACCACUCAGAAAACAGUAGUACUGCAUUAAAACAAGAGGACAGAACAGUUGCAGCUGCCUUUUCAGAAGCUGUAGCUGAAAAUCAAGAGCCAAAGUCAGCUGAAAGCAAUGAAAGCCUUCAAGCAGCUGCUGGCAAUAACAUAGCUGUACAGACUGCUAAAGAACUGUUAGACUGUAUAGAUGAUAAGUCUUUAAAUGAAGUAAUUUCUGAAGAAGAUAAGCGAGUAGCACCUAUGUAUUCCAGCAUAACGGCAAAUAGGAACCUAAAGCAUAAAGAGAAACUGUCAGGAAAUCUUAAUGCCUGCAGUUUAAAUCUGGGCUUCUGUGGCUUUCAGACUGCUUCCAAUAAGCAGAUUACAUUCUCUGAAAUCAGUAUAGCAAAAGGCAGAACACUGUUCAAAGACAUCGAAAAUGACUACUUUGAAGCCUCUUCUGUGGAAGGAGUCAGAAACUUUUCAAAUCAAGUUAAAAAGGAGAGUAAAUUCUUCUCAGAUUCAGAAAGCAAGUUGGGCAGUAAUUUAUCUGGUUCUUUAGAUUCACAGACAAAUUUUCUGGAGCCCAGGCAUACAGAGUUUAUUUCACAUAAAGUUGGCUCAUGUAGAAGCUUUCCUAGGAGUCAACAAUCCUUGCAAGAAACAAAUCAAACUUUGACAGCAAGCCAAGAAGCUGAAAUUGCUGAACUUUCUAGUAUCCUAGAAGAAACAGGUAGUCAGUUUGAGUUUACACAGUUUAGAAAGCAAAGUAACAAGAUACAAAGUCAUGUCUUCCAACAGCUUGGAACUGUGGAAACGUGUGGAACAACAAAUGCGGAAAAUAUCUCUGAAAUAAGGAAAGACGCUAAUUUUUGUAACACACUUAAAUCUGAAAAUCAAGUAAAAAAUGACACAUAUUGUGCUAAGCAGGAAGACAUAAAUGAAGGCUCUAAAGUGGUGGAAUAUGAGAAAGAAAACACCAUAGUUUUCCAUAAAAAUGACCAAAAGGUUACUUUUAUUAACUUAGACAGAAAUGAAAGUAGAGUAUCUCAUGGGAGCUCUUCAGUAGCUAAACAGGAAAGCUCUUCUAAUUUUGUGGGCUUUACUUCAGCUGGAGGUAAAAAAAUAAAUAUUUCUAAGAAGGCUUUGACCAGAUCAGCAGAGCUCUUCAGGGACUUGGAUGGUGACAACUGUUUCUUUAAAGCUGCUGAAACUAAUACUACAUGUUGCAAUGCAAAUGGGCAAGUGUCUUCCAACUGUAACUUUAUCACAUACCUGGCAAAAGAAAAGAAAGGAAAACCGGUUUGUGCUUCAGAUUUCAAAAGUGUUGGUGCCUUCUUCCACCAUGCACAGAAAAAAAAUGGAGAAACUAUUAGUACCCUCUUCAAGGAAGAUACAGAAAAUCCAACAAAAAUAUCAGUAGAUAAUAAUGAAAAUGUUAAUUUCAGUAGUACUAAUACUGUCAUCAACAGUCCAGCAUCCAUUAAAAAAUAUAAUCACAAUCAAACUUCCAAACAGUUUUUGAAUCAAGGAGAUUGCCAAGCUGAAGGUAGUUUUCAAGAAGACUCAUUAAGCGUAUCAUGUCUAGGAGAUGCUAUUACAACUGCAGAAGAACAUAUUUUAUCAGAUGAAAUGGAAAACCUGUCCUCUAAUCAGGAAGGAGAAGACCAUAAGGAAAAGGAACACUUGUCACAAAAAUUUCAAAUUCCAGCUGGUGGUGAUCCAUCCAUCUCUGAUGCAGCUUUGGAUCAUUCUCUAUGCUUGCUCAGUGUACAGUUUGGAGAAGAAGAUGUAAAUGUGUUGAAGGACGCUGAUAAACAAAAAACUAAUUGUAAAAAUACGGAAGGAGAAGACACCACCCAUGCUAAGAACCUGUCAGUGAAAGAAAGCAGAAUAAAAAUAGAUUCUUCCCAUCAUCAUCAAAUACCUGUUGAGCAAGAUGUGGAUGUUGAAAAAAAUGAAGUGCGAGGGCGUUAUCUGACUGGUUUUCAUACUGCUAGUGGCAAGAAAAUAACAAUUGCUGAUGGAUUUUUGGCUAAAGCUGAACAGUUUUUUGCAGAAAAUGUUGAUAUAGGAAAGGAACAUAAUGAUAAUAUUGAGAACCCCAUGAACAACAUGAAAUGUGAUAAAAGCUGUAUCAAAGAAUGUGAUGUAAGUAUUGAAAGCAUUACUCACUUUGAUCUGGAGAAACUUAAUAAAAAACUUGUUCCUGAAGAACCUGGAGAUCAGUUUAAGCCAGCAGUAGACCGCAGUCCUAUUAAGCACAGUAUGAUUCUUGAUGCUGUUCAAGUAGAUGCAUUUGUUAAUCUAGGUGAAGAUUGUGAAAGAAGUUUGGUAACUUCGUAUGCACAUGAAAAAGCUGAUGUCGGACCUGGAAAGUUGGAAUCCUUUCCCGGACAGGAGAGUGAUGCUUUAAGUAGAACUUCUUUGUCUGAAGAUGGAAAACUGUUUGCAGAGGGAGAGAUGGAAUAUUUGUCGAAUAAGAGAGAUGAUUCGGAAAUCAUGCAUGAUGUUCCUCUGUGCUCUCCUGCAUCUCUGCAUUUAAUGAAGGUAUCGGAUGGCCUUGGAGAUAGAAAAAAAUCUGGAUUUGUUGAGGAUAGUAUAUCUGAUCAAUCCCUCCUCUUAACUUCAAAAAGUAGCUCUUACUUGAACUGUGAGAGUAAGGAAUUUGACUUAGAACAUUUAAAGGAACCUUGUGCUGAUACAAACUGCUUCACAGGCACCAUAGCUAAUGCUUGUCAAAACCAGUCACAAGUCAUUCUUCCUGAAAAUGAAACUAAUUUAACUAGGUUAAAAGAAACAGUGCUUAAUGUUGAAAAUCAAAAGGGUGAUCCGAAGCAAGUUGUGUUUAGUACAGCCAAAGGUAAGGCAGUUUCUGUUUCCAAAAGUGCGUUAGCAAAAGUCAAACAAAUGUUUCAAGAAGACUACAGUGAACUUGUAAAAUAUGCAACUAACUCAGAAACUAAUCAAACAGAAAUUGCUGGAAAUUCAUCUAUCAUUCAUGCCGAGUGCCCUACUUCCGCUAAGUUUUUAAAUGCUGGAAGAAGUGAAGAGAUUAAUGCCUCUGCGUCCCAUUUUAUUAAAGCAAAUGCAAGUACAAGUGAAAAUGAUCACCAAGAUACAAACAUAUCUGCAGAUGAAAAGUCUGUUGCAAAUUCUCAGAGGCGAUGUUUUGAGCAGAGUAUUAAGGUUUUAGGGCACUCGCCUGUUCCAGAUAAGCCAAUAAAGCAGUCAGAUUGUUCUUCAAGAAGCCUUGGAUUUUUUAGUACAGCAAGAGGUAAGCCCGUACAACUGUCAGAAGAAUCACUCCAGAAAGCUAGACAGCUCUUUUCUGAAAUGGAAGGUAGUGAUUCACUGCAUAUACAAGAAGCAUUUUUAGUUAAGGAAGGUGUUGGAAAGUCCGAAAUGCAUGCUGCAGUUGUUCCUAGGAAGACACAGAUAGCCUUACGGAAAGGGGAGGAAAAUGCCAGCACUGAGUUGAUUUCAGAUCCUGCUUUUGGGUUCAGCACUGCGAGUGGGAAGCAGGUAACAGUCUCUAAAAACGCCUAUCAAAAAGCAAAGGCAAUUUUAAAAGAAUCAGAUGACUUUUUCAGCAGUGGAUUUUGUGUUCUAGAUCAACUUGGUUCAAUUAAAGAGAAUGUAAAAUCUUUAACUGAUAAAGUCAUCUCAGAAUCUAAAAUUGAAAAAAGCUGCAAUGAAGACUUUGACCUAAAAAGCCCUGAGGAAAUGGAGUCUUUUCCAAGCACUCACUGUGUCAUAGUGCCUGAGCAUGUACAGCAGAGCAAGAAAAACAAGCAGUUGACAUCACUUGAAAAUAGCUUUAAGCGGGAGGAGACUGAGCCAUUCGGAAAAGGGCAGCUGAAUCUGGGGAUGAAAACAAAGUCUGAAGCAAUUUUGUGCAGUGCUACUGCUAAAGCAGAAACUAAUAUUGAUCUUCUCCAGACUCCAAAAAAUUACUUAGAAGUGGAGGCUGUAGAAAGUGCAAGAGCUUUUAUGGAAGACGAUCUUUCCAAUUCUGGAGUAACAAUUAAUGCUGCACAGUCCUUCAGUGGCAGACUGGAUAAAAGCUUUCAGAAGAAUACCUUUGGGAAGAGGCGCUUUGAAGAAGAAAACUCACUCGGAGAACCUCCAAUUAAAAGACAGCUACUACUUGAAUUUAACAGAACAAAUAAUCCUCCCAGAUCUCUGCAAGCUUCGAAAAGCACCCCUGAUGGCAUUUUCAAAGACAGAAGAAAAUUUAUGUACCAUGUUCCUUUAAAACCUGUAACUUGUCAACCUUUUGGGGCUACUAAAGAGCGACAAGAAGUCAAGAAUCCUACCCUUACUCUACCAGAUCAAGACUUCAAAGGGUUCAAAUCCAAACCUGCCAUUUUUCAGCAUAGUGCCCCGAGGCAGCCUUCACAUGGUCCUUCAGGGGUUUCUACUCCAUGUAAGGCCUCAGCAAAAGAGAGCGAAGAAACAGGAAGUUUGCACAAAUCUGGCAAAACUACUAAAACUUUUAUUCCACCCUUCAAAACCAAGGUGACGUUUUCUACAGGGGAACAAGGCAGCAGCAAAAGAUGUGGCUCACCAGCUGGCAAAAACAGGACUGAUGAGGUGGAGCUAAAUCAGACCAGAGCUGAAGAAAUUGUUGCUGAACCUCAGGAUCACCAGUUUUGCAUCCAGCAAGCAGGAGACACUGACCUAGAAAAUAGCAAUUUAGCAAUGGUCAAGAUGAUGACAAAUCUCCACUGUGCCAGAGAUCUGCAGGAAAUGAGAAUUAAAAAGAAAUACAGGCAAAAUAUUAGCUCACAGCCAGGAAGUCUUUAUGUCACUAAAACAUCUGCAAGAAAUAGAAUCUCUCUGAAAUCUGCAGUAGAAGAGAAAUCUCCUAGUUUUUAUUCUACAGACGAGCUUUACACAUACGGUGUUUCAAAACAUUGCAUACAAGUGAACAGCACAAAUGCAGAAUCCUUCCAGUUUUUCAUGAAAGACUUUUUCAGUACGGAGCAUUUAUUAGCUGGAAAUGGGAUGCAGCUUGCUGAUGGAGGAUGGCUGAUACCUACAGAUGAGGGAAAAGCUGGAAAAAAAGAGUUUUACAGAGCUCUGUGUGACACUCCUGGUGUGGACCCCAAGCUGAUAACAGAGGCCUGGGUUUACAACCACUACAGGUGGAUCGUGUGGAAACUGGCAGCCAUGGAAGUGUCUUUCCCACAUGAAUUUGCAAACAGAUGUUUGACACCAGAAAUGGUGCUGUUGCAGUUGAAAUACAGGUAUGAUUUGGAAGUUGAUAAAAGUCAACGCUCAGCAAUCAAAAAAAUAACAGAAAGAGAUGACGCGGCAGGUAAAACACUUGUCCUGUGUAUUUCUAGAAUCAUAUCGUUAAACACCGCUCUAUCUCCUAGCAGUAGCAAUAAAAAUGUGGAAAUUAAAAAAGCAGCAGCAGCAAUAGUUGAAGUUACCGAUGGCUGGUAUGGGAUCAGAGCUCUUCUGGAUCCGCCUCUCCAAGCUUUCUUACGUAGAAGGCGGCUGGCGGUGGGUCAGAAAAUCAUCGUGCACGGAGCAGAACUGGUCGGCUCUCAGAAUGGCUGUACGCCGCUGGAAGCUCCCGAUUCCCUUAUGUUAAAGAUUUCAGCGAACAGCACUCGAUGUGCGCGGUGGCACGUGAAACUAGGAUUUCAUCGGGAUCCCAGACCUUUUCCUUUGCCUUUGUCAUCACUUUACAGUGAGGGUGGCGCAGUGGGGUGUAUUGAUGUAGUUAUUCAAAGAACUUACCCUGUUCAGUGGAUGGAAAAGACAUCAGCUGGUUCAUAUGUGUUUCGUAACAGUCGAGCUGAAGAAAGGGAAGCUGCCAAGCACGCAGAGGAUCAACAGAAGAAACUGGAAGCUCUGUUUGCAAAAAUCCAAGCAGAAUAUGAAGAGCGUGAAGAGAGAAUGAGCAGAAGGACACUGAGAUCACACGUAGUCACAAGACAGCAAAUCCGCAGUUUGCAAGAUGGUGCAGAACUUUAUGAAGCAAUUCAGAAUGCAUCUGAUCCUGAUUAUAUGGAGGGGUAUCUCAGUGAAGACCAAUUAAAAGCUUUGAAUGCUCACAGGCAGUUGAUGAAUGAUAAAAAGCAAACUCGGAUACAGGAAGAAUUCAAGAAGGCUUUGGAGUCAGCAGAACAGGGAGAAAACAGUUGUUCCAAAAGAGAUGUGUGUACUGUAUGGAAACUAUGUGUGGUAGACUACAGACAGCAAGAAAAACAUAAAGGUGCAAUACUGAGUAUCUGGCGUCCACAGCUAGAACUUCAUUCGUUGUUAAAGGAAGGCAGUCGGUACAGAAUCUACCAGCUGUCAACGUCACACUCCAAAGGAAGAUCAGACUCAACUAACAUACAAUUAACAGCAACAAAGAAAACUCAGUAUCUACAACUACCAGUGUCGCAGGAGGUGCUGGUACAGAUUUUCUUUCCGAGAAAGGCUCUAAAAUUCACCAGUUUGUCAGAUCCUUCUUUUCAGCCACCAUGUGCUGAAGUGGAUUUAGUCGGAGUUGUAGUUUCUCUUAGCAGAACAGGUUUUGCAACUCUGGUGUACUUAUCUGAUGAAAGCUAUAAUUUAGUAGCAGUGAAGAUCUGGACAGAUCUCAGACACUUGGCUAUUGAAGACAUCGUUGUGCGCUGUUCAUUCAUUUCUGUAAGCAACCUUCAGUGGCAAUCUGAAUUCAGAUCAGAAAUUCCAAUGCUGUUGGCUGGAGAUCUUUCUAUAUUCUCAGCCAGCCCAAAGGAAAACUAUCUUCAAGAGACGAUGACUGAACUGAGAAGUGUGAUAGAGAAUGUGGCAUCCUUUUGCUCUGAUGCAGAAAGUAAAUUGAUGAAUUUGCUACGAAGGAAUCUCUCGCUUACACCCAGUUUAACUAAAAGAUGUGGCCUGGAAUGCCCCUCUCCUUCCUGCAGCCCAGGUCUUUAUGCAGAGGAUAAAAGCUUGAUCUCUUCUAAAAUGGAAACAAAGCAUCCAAGCCCUUUGUCAACCAGCACACCCACUAUGAAACUUGUUGCACAAGGGUCAGCAAAAACACCUUCGUCGGCUGCAGUUACUGAAGAGCAUCCCAAAAACAUCAAAAAGAGAAAAGCCAUGGACUUCCUCAGUUGCAUACCUGCCCCUCCACCACUAACACCAAUCUGUGCAAAAAUUUCUCCAUCUUUAAAAAAAGCCUUUCAGCCUCCACGAAGUUUGGGUUUACAGCACAGCAAGCCAUCCCGAGAAACUAAUCAGAGUAUCGGUCAUGUCACCCCCUGUAGAAAAUUGAGAGAAACUGUCCAUCUUCCCGAGAACGACCUGGUUGCAGAUGAAGAACUUGCAAUGAUUAAUACACAAGCGCUAAUGAAUAAUUUAGCAGAAGAAAAGAAGAUUGAUUAUGUAAAUGAAAAUAGCAAUACACCAGCUACUGGUUUAUCUGAUGAUCUUUUGCCCAAAAAUAGUUCCAGGUCUACUGGGGAUGCCAAUAACUCAUCAAAAAGCAGUUCUGAAGUAGCUGAGGCUCUUCAGAAGGAUAUAGAGGAACCUGAGGACUCGUUACCGGCCCACAGAGUGCUACGAAGAGCAAAACCCCGAAAAUAUUAUUAA